AUGGUCUCAAAGCUCAAGCUCCAAAAUUUCCAGGACCACUUCAAAACCACCACAACUACGGACUACCUACAUACCUCACCAAAACCAGUACACAGCGUCAAGAUGGCGACGACACAGCAAUCCCAACCACCGGCCCUCACCUUCCCCCGCCCCAUCUUCGCCGCCGUCUCCCCCCACCCAUUCCUCCAAGCCCACCUCUCCGCCAACCGCAAAACACCACUCCGCGCCAACGCCCGUUCUGCACACGCCUUCCGACGCCCAGGCAUAAACACAGGCAGCCUCACGCACGCCAAUGGCAGCGCAGUCGUGCGCCUCGGCAACACGAGCGUCGUCUGCGGCGUGCGCGCAGAAAUCCUCAAGGAAGCAGACAUACCGGGCACAAACGACUUCUCCAGCGCUAUUGACAGCGAAGAUGGCGAUGAUGCAGAAGAAAUCGAUACCCUGCGCCUCGUCGUGCCCAACGUCGAGCUCAGCACGGGAAGCACGCCGAACCACAUCCCCGGCAACGCGCCGUCGACGUUUGCGCAGAGCUUAAUCACGCGCAUGCGCUCGCUGCUUGUGUCGUCGCGGCUCCUGCGCGCCCGGGAUUUGCGCAUACUUUACACGCCGAGCGCGAAUACGGAGGAUGUGGAUGAAGAGCCGCAGACGGUGGUCAAGGGAUACUGGGUGCUGUACAUCGACGUCUUCUUCAUCAGCAUUGACGGCAGCGCGUUCGACGCCGCGUGGCUGUCCCUCCUCGCUGCGCUGCGCGAUACGAAACUCCCGCGCGCGUGGUUCGAUGAGGAGUUUGAGGGGAUUCUGUGCUCGGAUGAUCCGGUGGAGGCGAAGACGCUGGAGCUGAGGGGUUUGCCGGUUCCGGCGACAUUUGCGGUGUUUGAGGGGAAGAGUGAGGAUGAGGGGGAUGUGCAGUGGGUGUUGAGCGAUCCGGAUGCCUUUGAGGAGGGUGUGUGUAGGGAGAGUGUUUGUGUGGUUGUUGAUGGGGGUAAGGUGUUGCGGAUUGAGAAGAGUGGGGGAGGGGUUGUGGGAAGGCAGGCCAUGAAGGACUUGGUGCAGAUGGCGGGAGAGAGGUGCAGGGAGGUUGAGAAGGCGCUGGGUGGGAGAGCGUGA